CUCUCCUUCUCUCUCUAUAUCUAUCUCCCUAACCACCCUAUAUAUAUCUCUGUCUCUCUCGACCCCGUCUCUGCAAAAGUUUGGAAUUUGGAUUGGAUUAGUUCUCAGAGCGGAGAUAUCAUUCAUCAUUUUUGCCAUGAUGGGUAGCGUUUGUGGAGAGCAACACAAGCUCCACCACCUCUUCCUCAACAAUAAGGCGCUCAUCAGGGACGUCAUUGACAUUCCUCCCCGGAAGCUCCUCCACCGCCGUCCCACCGCCGCCCCCGUCGGCGAGGUGUUCGGCGACUCGCCCAGGGCCGACGAGGAGGCCCUCCUCCAGAAAUUCUUGCCGUGUAACAAUGGCGGGGACGAUGACGGCGACGGCGACGACGACGACGACGAUCCCUACUCGUCGGACUAUUUCCGCAUGUACGAAUUCAAGGUCCGCCGCUGCACGCGCAGCCGCAGCCACGACUGGACCGACUGCCCCUUCGCCCAUCCGGGCGAGAAGGCCCGACGGAGAGACCCGAGGAGGUAUCACUACUCCGGCAACAUCUGCUCGGAGUUCCGGCGAGGGACGUGCAGCCGCGGCGACAACUGCGAGUUCGCGCACGGGGUGUUCGAGUGCUGGCUCCACCCGGCGCGCUACAGGACGGAGGCCUGCAAGGACGGGAAGAAUUGCAAGCGAAAGGUCUGCUUUUUCGCCCACUCGGCCCGCCAGCUCCGCGUGCUGCCGCCGUCGUCCGAUUCCCCGCCGGCGAAUUCGCCGUCUGCCGGACGGAAGUACUCGAACUCGAACCAUUGCUGCCUUUUCUGCCACAACGUCACCGCUUCUCCAACGUCCACUCUACUGGGUAUGUCUCACCUCUCGCCUCCCCUGUCUCCGUCGCUCUCGCCGCCUCUCUCGCCGGUGAAAGGCCGGUCACUGAGCGGACUCUCUCCUGUAUCCCGGUACGGCGAGUCCUGUGGCUUGACUCAGUUCAAUCCGAGUCCGCUGAGUUACAAAGAUGUUCUCACUGAGCUAAUGAGUUCUCUAGACUCCAUGAAUCUUCAUGAAGCUUCUCCACACGGAAACAAAAAUCUGCCGUGGAUUGAUGUUUCUUUCAGCCAUGGCGACGAUCAGAACCUGUUCGUUCUCUCUCCAUCGACUCCAAGCCCUUCCGUGUCUCGAAAUUUUUUUAGUGAAGGAGAUAGUUCGAGCAGGAGAUUCAAUAAUAUUGAUGACAAACUCAACGACAAUGGCGCCUCGGCCUGCCCCGAUCUGGGCUGGGUCAACGAUCUUCUAACUUGAAAUUGAAAUCGAAUUUCUGAAGAUGGUGAUGAUGAUGACGAUGAAGAAAAUUGAAGAUUGAAGAAUGAAGAAGAAGAGGAGGAUUGAUCUGUACAUAUAGUCAUUGACCAUCGACGCCCAUAUAUAUAUAUAUAUGGAGUGUGUUUAAUUAUUGUUUUACCCAGAUUUCUUCAUUUCGAGUCAGAUUUUCAUCAAUUUGAAGUGUUGAAUUAAGUGUGAGUGAGGUUUCUCCCUUUUAAGAGCUUGGUGUUGUGUUUUGUCUGUCUGUCCCGUAAGAGAGAGAGAGAGAGAGAGAGAGAGAGAGAGAGAGAUUGUUGAUCAUCAUCAGUGUAUUCAAUUGAAGAAGUUGAACUGUAAACAGUAGUAGUGGAUAAAUAAAAUGUGAAUUCUC